AUGAUGAGGAACAAUGAACAACUUGACAGUCAUUCUAGUACCAUCACAAAUGUGCUAACUACUCCUACAAUAGUAGUUUCUCCUAAAGUGAAUAUUGGUCCCGUUACAACUUUUCGAAUGAUGAAGGAAAUUGUUGGAGGAUAUGAUAACAUUGGUGCAUCUAAGCAAGAUUUCAAAAAUUUUCAUAGAGAUUUAAAAGCAUACAUUCAAGGAAGCGAUGCUCAAAUGUUCGUGGAUAAUUUUACCAACAAAAAGCUAAUGUGGAGUGCUUUUUUGUUUGAUUUUGAGAUGGAUGAAGAUUACUGCCUUUGUAGAGCAUUGUGGGCAGACCCCCUUUGUAAAAAGAGUUAUGCUCUAUUUGGUGAUAUUGUAUCCUUUGAUACCAUAUACCAAACCAAUAGGUACAACAUGGUGUUUACUCCAUUUACAGGGGUUGACCGUCAUAAGAGCUGCAUUACUUUUGCUGCUGGUUUCAUAGCGAAGGAAGAUAUUGUGUCAUUUAAGUGGUUGUUCAGAUCAUUUCUCAAGAAAGAAAAUGGAUUGGAAGUUGCAAAAGUAAGUGAAGGAAAUCGGAUUAGAACAUUUGAUGUUGUGUUUAAUCCAACUAACUAUGACACCACAUGUUCUUGCAAGCUAUUUUAUAGACAAGGAAUUCCAUGUAGACAUAUGAUUUGGGUUUGGAAAGCAAAAAGGUUUGAAACCAUUCCUGAGCAGUAUAUGAAAAAAUUGUUAAAUGAUUUAUGGUCAGAGAUACACACUUGUGUAAGUUUGGUAGAAGGCAAAGAUGAAGAUAUUCAAGAACUUAUGAUAAAUAUUCAAGGAAUAAGAAAGGAUUUAGAGGCGAAGAGGAUUGCAAGAAAUAAUGAAACAACAGCUAGAAGUGAAAACAAUAAAGGACAAGACAUUGAGCUAUUGAUUGGAGCUAGUGUGCCAACUAAAAUAAUUGUCAAACCUCCAAAAUUUUCAAAGAAUAAAGGGACUGGAGUUCAUCUAUCAAAUGAAGAGACUUCAAAAAAGAAAGGGGCUGAGAUUGAUGUGCCAAAUGUUGAAACAAGAGAUAGAAGUGCAAAAGGCUGA